AUGGAGCCGUGGAUCAUGAAGGAGACAGACGAAGAGGAGUUUACUCGCUGUGCCUCAGGCUCUGACAAUAGUGUCUCCACAAGAUGUAGCGAUACUGAAGUAGAUACUGUUCCGUUGGAAAAGUGGGACCAGGAUGAAGAGCUGCUAUGGACAGAAAGCGGAGUGCGUUCCAAAGAACUGCCUUUGCUGAGUCCAGCCCAGGCCAGCAUGCUCGAAAAAAAGAUUAAAUUACUCAUGGGCUCAGUACCAAGUCCAUCAAAAACCAAAAUCACAUUCAUUACCAAGUCAAUGACAGUCGUUGCAUCAUCGUGGAAGCUUGAGUCUCUAGCUUUGCACUGCAAAGUGGCUGGCGAUGAACUGAAGUAUUCCUGGACGAGGAAUGGCGUGCCGAUUUAUGGAGCGCUGGGUGUAAAUGGUUGGACACAUUCAUUUGGUGGUGCAGUAACAGCGGCAGAUUCUGGCAUAUACAAUUGCUCUGCUUCUAGUCGCUAUGGUGAUGAUUGGAAACAACUUCAUCUACGUGUUCUUGAUAUACCCAGAUUUUGGCUCAAACCAGUACCUGCUAUAAUCAUGCCAUACUCUCUUCUGGCAAGGUCUGUUGGUCUUCAUCUAGUCCCACCAUCAUCGACUGGCAAUUCACCAAUAACAAGUUAUGAAGUCACUUGCAGACCUGAUGUGGAGUACAGAUCAUAUGUGAAGGACACUGUACAGAGGUUUUCAGUGACCAGUGUCACUGUUACUGGUCUUCAACCAGCCACCAAGUACAGUUGCUGGUAUCGUGCAGAGAAUGCAGUUGGUAUCAGCUUUCCAAGCCCAAUUCUUAAGCUGAACACUCCUGAGUCGCCCCCAGGAAAACCGGAAAAUCUCUCUACAGUGUCUAGUUCAGCAGGGCAUGUCACCACAUUCUUCAAACCAAUGUCACCAGCACUUACCCAUGGAGUACUCACUGGAUAUCAAAUUACUUUCAAUGCCACUGAAUGUAUUACACAUCAGGACUGUCCAUGUCAGCAAUACAACUGCUCUCUACAUGGAUCUGCAUUAUUCCAUGAAAGUAAGUUUCUAUCAGUGCAUCUUCUUGACUCUCUCCACUAA